AGUCGCGACGUAUUUUAUCUCGUAAAUAAAUCGUCCUUUUUAAUAUGUAGUGUUUAGUAACUACGUGCGUUUCUAUUCUCUUGUAUCCGUGCUACCCCAGUUUACAACAGUGGCGACGAGUCGGUCGUUUAAUUUUCGCGAAAUCCAUCGAAUUAUCGCAAAAUUAAUUCCCCCACGCGGAAACGACAACGGUGUGAAAUGGAUUCGGAAGAACAUAACCGUACUUCGGAUCUAGCCGCUGGAUCAAAUGGGACCAUCAACGGGCUCCCCAGUGGACAGCAGUUCCUCCCAGCUGGCAUGGCAAGCUUUGUUCGCCCCACACAGUUUGGUCAGCAGCCACCGACGGGACUUUCUCAACAGUUCCCCGGGCAGCAGCAGCAACGUUCGUAUCAAUCAACACACCACCUCUCAUCAUCAGACGCACUCCUUUCCCAGCUCCUCCAACAGCAGCAAGCAUUUGCGACACAAAUGCUAAAUCAGCAGCAGGAGUUUAUGCGACAGCAGCAGGAGAUGUUCCUCCGUACGAUGUCAUCGUUGAGCGUGCAGGUACCAUCUAACCCUGAAGUGAUUUUAGACUCACUUUCGCACCACAUCAAGGAGUUCCGGUACGAUCCGGAAAACAACAUUACGUUUGCGGCUUGGUACGCGCGGUACAAGGACCUGUUUGAGCAAGACGCUUCCCGGCUCGACAGCGAUGCAAAAGUCCGUUUGUUCCUCCGGAAGAUGGGUUCCGCCGAACAUGAACGGUAUGUUAAUUUCAUCCUUCCGAAACUACCGAAAGAUUACCAAUUUGACGAAACUGUUCGGAAAUUGGGAAUCCUGUUCGGUGCUGCUGAAUCGCUCACUAGCAAGCGUUACCGGUGCCUACAAACAACAAAGAAGUCCACCGAAGAUUACGUUUCGUUUUCAUGCCGUGUAAACAAGAACGUGGUCGAUUUUGAGCUGAGUAAAUUGACGGAGGAGCAGUUCAAAUGCUUAUUAUUUGUUUGCGGCUUGAAAGCGGAGUGUGAUGCAGAGAUUGUGUCAUCAGGAAAUUCGUCAUCAGGGAACCGAAAUGCGGCUUGUCGACCAUCGGGAAUUGGUAGCUCACUCACCAACGAAGGCGAAUUAAACGAGGCGGUUUCAUCCCUGCAUGGUGGUUAUCCAGCUGGAAGAAAAAUUUCGAACCGAAGCGAGGUCCCCGUGAUUGUGUUCCUGGUACAUGGAAAGCGGACCACCCAAUGGCAGCGAUGGUGUGGCAGCUUUCUGAUCCUGCUGCUGAGAUCCGAGGACCUUCAGGCUGGAGCAGUAAGCGGCAGUUCACCAGCUGGAAGGAAAAUUUCGGAUCGAAGCGAGGUCCCCGGUACAUGCAAAGCGUACCACCCGAUGUCAGCUAUGGCGGAAGCUGCCAGUUCUUGUUAG